AUGGCGUGUAUGAAAAGUCCGAAAACAGGCAGUAUACACACUGUAUACAGCAUUAUACGCCAAUAUACGGGAUCAAGGCAACAGAUAUGUGGCCAAAAACGUGAAAAAUACUGUGCAGGGGCGAAGUACAGUCACCUUAAUAGAAAAUCGCUAUGUUGGGGAAAUAGAUUACGAGUUGCACGUGAGGUUGCUUCUGCAAUCGUUUUCCUCCAUACUGAGUUUACUACGCCCAUCAUCCACAGAAGUAUAAAGCCAUCUAAUGUGAUAAUAGAUGAGAAGAGCGGCGUUGCCAAAAUAUUGAACUUCUCACUCUCCAUAUCAUUACCUCCAGGGGAAUUGGAGGUACGAGAUGAUGGUGUGUGUGGAACAGACGGGUAUAUUGCUCCAGAAUAUCAGCACCAGUUAAUUAUUACUCAAAAAACUGAUGUCUACAGCUUUGGGAUUCUCCUCAUUCAGCUAUUAACUGGAUUGGACGUGUACGAUAUUAUGAUAAGUGUAAAAGGUACAUAUUCAAUACCGACAUUAAAUUAUAUAGAUAGAGUGAAAAAUGCAACCAACCUCGUCGAUCGUUAUAUUAGAGAGGAUAAUGUACUAGAUAUAGUAGCUCUUUCCAUUUUAGAAGAACAUGGAAUUGAGAUUCAACAACAAUUGGAAGACUACUUGGACCUUGCUAGGAAAUGCACAGCUGACAAGGGAGAUGAUAGACCAUACAUGAUUCAUGUCGCAAGGGAAUUGUGUCGAAUUGAAAAGUGUUUUCGCUCUUGGUCAAAAUUAAAUGUUUAGAGGUUCCAAUUUAAAGGAAAUUCAGUUUGUUUGAACCCUCAUAUUU